GCCUGCCUCUCCCCCUUUAUCCGUUUCUCGCAGCAGUCUUCGGGUUACAUAAAUCGCAGAGUCCCGCCGGAGGUUCUACAGUUCCCCGACUGAUCUAGAGAGCUGGCUGGGCUUUUCCUCGGCCCCUUCCCGAAUUUCUCCUUUUUGCUCUUCGAAGCCUUCCGGGUUGUAUGUCCGAUCGCCCGUCUCCAAAACAAACUUGCUCGUUAGCGCACAGCCAGCUGUUAGCAAGGGGAGUCCCGGAUGGCUCUGACCAGCGGCGCGUUUUUCUUCGGGUGGACGGUCGGGGCCGCCUCAACUUUAAUUCUGUUGGCCGCCGCCAUCUCCUUCUUGGUGCUCCGCAACUAUUGGAAAUGGAAAGAGAUGAAGGCCAUCCCGGAGAUCAGACCUUGGUAUCCCAUCCUGGGUAACUCUAUGCUCAUGGAUAGCGACGGCGAAGGUUUUUGGAAGCAGGUAAUUAAUUAUACAGAAGAAUUUCGCUAUGUACCACUGCUAAAACUUUGGAUAGGACCAUACCCCCAUUUGAUCUUAUAUCACCAAGACACUGUAGAGGUUAUCUUACGUAGCUCAACAUUUAUUGAGAAGUCCUAUCUCUAUCGAUUUCUUCAACCUUGGCUAGGAACAGGACUUCUAACAAGCACUGGGAAAAAAUGGCAUUCCAGAAGAAAAAUGUUAACUCCAACUUUCCAUUUUACAAUCUUAGUAGAUUUCCUUGAAGUGAUGAUUGAACAAGCCAAUAUCCUUGUUCAAAAUCUUGAAAAACAUCUGGACAAAGAUCCAUUCAACUGCAGUUUAUACAUUGCAUUAUGCACCCUUGACGUAAUCUGUGAAACAGCUAUGGGCAAAAAUAUUGGUGCACAAAAGAAUAAAAAUUCAGAUUAUGUCAAAGCUGUCCAAAAUAUGAGUGAUCUAAUUCAUCAUAGACAGAAAUCACCAUGGUUUUGGCCCAACCUUUUGUACUAUGUUUUUGGAGAAGGAAGGCAACAUUACAUGAACCUGAAGAUACUUCAUAGCUUUACAGAUAAAGUUAUUGAAGAAAAAAUGCACAAAAUAAAGCAACAAGAGCAAUAUCAAAAUGGCGCUGCCAGCAGCAAUCACCUAAGAAAGAAUAACGAGAGGAAAGCUUUCCUCGAUAUGCUUCUGAAUGCCAGAGAUGAAGAUGGGAGGAAGUUGAGUUACUCCGGUAUACGAGAGGAAGUGGAUACAUUUAUGUUUGAGGGUCAUGAUACCACCGCUGCUGCCUUGAGCUGGGCUAUUUACUUACUUGCAAGGCAUCCAGAAAUCCAAAGAAAAGUUCACAAUGAACUGGAUGAAGUUUUUGGUGAUUCUGACCAUCACAUCACAAUGGAAGAUCUGAAAAAACUGCGAUACCUGGAAUGUGUCAUUAAAGAAGCACUUCGUCUUUUCCCUUCUGUUCCAUUUUUUGCCCGUAUUCUGAAUCAGGAAUGCUAUAUCAGAGGGUAUAAAAUACCAAAAGGGACUGAUGUCAUAAUUGUGCCAUAUGCAUUGCAUAGAGACCCUGACAAUUUCCCAGAGCCACAGGAAUUCAAACCAGAGCGUUUUUUUCCUGAGAACUCCGCUGAACGACACCCUUAUGCUUAUAUCCCUUUUUCUGCUGGGCUCAGGAACUGCAUUGGUAUGUACAUAGAACAAAGUAGUAUAACCCUUGGCUUUCUGAAGAAUUAUAUGUCUUGUAAUGAUGACAUUUUUUUCUCAAAGAAGAGGUAAACAUUAUAACAUAGA